AUGAACUACCCCAUCCAACGCCCUCUGCACCCAUUGCACAUCAACACGUCGCGAUGGUCCUCUCUAGAGGGUGCCAUGGGUACCCCCAGGUAUAUAAAUGUGCCCAUAAAGCACGACAAGUCAAGCCCGCGGCCGGGCAACAGCCCCCGGCCAGUCGAACCUCCACGUAUCACCAUACACUUCGACUCUGGUAGGGGGACUCCCGGCGUCUCAUUUGGAGACGCUAAGAACGGGAAAUUGCACUGGAUGGGGGACCAGUUUAUCCCGGAAUUGCUCAACCUCGGACAGAAUUCUGUCAACUUGGUCAUCUAUUGGCCAGGGUACGGACACGUUCAGAACACUUUCCCGCUGGAAAUCUGCGUGAACAACCGUCCGGUCACUCGCGCCUACCUGGCGCAACAGGUCGCGAAGGCCUACGAACGGUUUUUCGAUGCUGCGCGAAAGGCGACCUACGCGGGCACACGCAACGAGAACGGCACGACGUGGGAGAUAGGCCGGAACUACUCCCACAUGCACUUCGUUCUUCGCUCCAUAAGCAACGUGCACCUGCACGAUCGUGGAGUCUUCCAGGCGGACAUCCAGAUCCUCAUGGCUGUGAACGCGGUUGAUGUAGAGGAGCGAUCGAAGUAG